AUGUCUCCUACUAUAGCUGAAAUUGAAUCAUUGAAGGCCAGGUAUACUGCUGCUGGUCAAGAUCAUCUUUUUACUUUUUAUGAAGAUCUUACACCUGAAGAACAGACCACUUUUCUCAACCAACUUGAUAAGCUUGAUAUUGAACGCGUUAAUCAAAUUUUCAAAAAAGCAGUUGCUACGUCAAGAAAUUCUAAUAAUAAAAACCAAAAUUUAGAACCAUUACCCGAUGAUGUAUUUGAUUCUGUAUUAGAUACAAAUGAAGAUAAGAUCAAAGAAUGGGAAAAAUUAGGUUUUAAUAUGAUUGCUCAAAAUAAAGUUUGCGCCAUUUUGAUGGCUGGUGGUCAAGGAACUAGAUUAGGUUCAUCAGCUCCAAAAGGUUGUUAUGAUAUUCAUCUACCAUCGGGUAAAUCCCUGUUUCAACUUCAAGCCGAACGUAUUCUAAGAUUACAAAAAGUCGCACAAGAUAUUAGAAAACCAAAAAUGAAAUUUGCUACAGAAACUUUUUUUAAACAACACAAUUAUUUUGGACUAAAAGAAGAGAACGUUAUCUUUUUUGAACAAGGUACUUUACCCGCAUUGACCUAUGAAGGAAAAGUACUUAUGGAAACAAAGUCUACUCUUGCCGUUGCACCUAAUGGUAAUGGUGGAAUGUAUGUUGCCUUACGAAAGGAGAAGAUUUUUGAAUCAAUGAUAGCGAGAAAUAUUAGUUAUGUUCACGUUUAUUGUGUUGAUAAUUGCCUUGUUCGCGUUGCAGACCCAAUUUUCAUUGGCUAUUGUAUUUCUAAAAACGUUGACUGUGGUACCAAAGUCGUUCGUAGAAUUGAUCCACAUGAAUCUGCAGGUGUUAUUGCCCUUCGUGAUGGCAAGUUUAUCGCAAUAGGAUGUAGUGAAAUUGAACCUGCGGUCGCUGAACAGAGAAAACCUAACGGUCAACUUACCUAUGGUGCAGCUAGUAUUGCAAACCAUUUCUAUACAGUUGAUUUCCUCAAGCAUGUAGAAUCAUUUGAAAAUGAACUUGAAUAUCAUAUAGCAAAUAAGAAGAUAAAACAUAUUGACAUUAACACAGGAGAAUUAAUUUUUCCAUCAAAACCAAAUGGUAUGAAACUUGAACUUUUCGUCUCUGGCGUUUUUCCUUUCACAAAACGUAUGGCGGUUCUUGAAGCUGACAGAAAGGAUGAGUUCUCACCUUUAAAGAAUGGUCCGAAUACCGCGUGUGAUAACCCCGAAACAUGCCGAAGGGAUAUUAUAAACCUGUAUGUGAGAUUUGUUGAAAAGGCUGGCGGCACAGUCAUACCAGGUGAGGGUGAUUCAUUUGAUAAUCUUUCAUUUGAAAUUUCACCGUUGGUUAGCUAUUCUGGGGAGGGCUUAGAAAAGUUAAAGGGAAAAACUAUCAAAGCUCCUUUUAUUUUUGAGACCCCGGCUGAUUUAGAUAAAUUUUAUUAG